CUGCUGUCUGCUGUUGCCUUCGUCUCCAUUCGCCGUCGGCUGAAAAUGCGAUAAAGAAAAAUCGAGGCUGGCAAGCCAAACGAGAAAAGUGAAUGUUGUGUCGCGAAUUGUAGUCACAAACCUUCCUAACUUCGUAUAGGUUGGGCGUCCCAAGCAGCAGUCGUCGUCGUUCAAAACACAACUGACUACAACUAAUAGCGCGCAAGUUCAGCGAAGGCUAUCAACACGAGAAAUACAAAAUACAAAAAGAAAAAAUACAGAAAACAUAUACUUAUAACUGUACAGUGCAAUUAGUGCAAAAUUUCUAAAAAAUUGCAAAUAUGGCAUUCCGUGUCGCUGGCCUCUUCCUGAAAAAGGAGCUCACCGCUCCAAUAGCACAGCACCUGCGUCUGAUGCGCACCACGAGCGUUGCACAGACUCAGUUUUUGGCCAACUCACCCAAUACAGCGCUGGACAAGAGCAUAAUUCAGCGUUAUCGAAGUCUCGAAACUCCAUCGAAUCGCGUCCAGGCCACAUAUCUGUGGAUCGAUGGCACUGGCGAGAAUAUACGUCUCAAGGAUCGCGUGCUGGAUAAAGUGCCCAGCUCCGUGGCGGAUCUUCCUGAUUGGCAAUAUGAUGGCAGUUCCACUUACCAAGCGCAGGGUGAAAACUCGGACACAACACUGAAGCCGCGUGCCGUAUACCGGGAUCCCUUCAAGCCGGGCAAGAACGACGUAAUCGUUAUGUGCGACACUUACAGUGCCGAUGGCAAACCGACGCCCUCAAAUAAACGUGCCGACUUCCAGUCUGCCGUGGACAAGAUUGGUGACCAGGAGCCCUGGUUCGGCAUCGAACAGGAAUAUACAUUACUGGAUGUGGAUGGACGACCCUUUGGCUGGCCCGACAAUGGUUUUCCGGCACCGCAGGGUCCCUAUUAUUGUGGUGUGGGUGCCGAUCGGGUAUAUGCCCGUGAUCUUGUCGAGGCACACGCCCUUGCCUGCCUCUAUGCCGGCAUUGACUUCGCCGGCACCAAUGCCGAGGUGAUGCCAGCCCAAUGGGAAUAUCAAGUUGGUCCUAGCAACGGAAUGAAGGCCAGUGAUGAUCUCUGGGUAUCACGGUAUAUUCUGCAGCGUAUUGCCGAGGAAUACGGCGUAGUUGUCACCUUCGAUCCGAAGCCAAUGGAGGGUCAGUGGAACGGUGCCGGUGCCCACACUAAUUUCUCCACGAAAGCAAUGCGCGCCGAUGGCGGCAUGAAGGCCAUCGAGCAGGCCAUCGAAAAGUUAAGCAAACAGCAUCAGCGUCACAUUCGCGCCUACGAUCCCAAGGAAGGAAAGGACAACGAACGGCGUCUGGUUGGUCGCCUCGAGACAUCGAGCAUUGAUAAGUUCUCGUGGGGUGUGGCCAAUCGGGCGGUAAGUGUUCGAGUGCCGCGUGGUGUCGCCACCGCGGGCAAAGGUUACUUCGAGGAUCGUCGUCCAAGCUCCAAUUGCGAUCCAUAUGCUGUGUGUGGUGCCCUGGUUCGCACUUGCCUUCUAAAUGAAUAGAAGGGGUUGACUGCAUGCAGUUCUCUUUUGUGCCAGUGUGUUGUGGGCGAUCAUAUAUAUAUAUAUAUGUCCAUACAUAUAUACAUACAUACAUAUAUAUAUAGUUAAAUUUUGUAGUAAAAUUUGGCUAUUUUUCGAUGUGGGUAGAAUCACGAAUUAAUUUGUUUGUGUAUAAAAAGACAGCAUUUAGCAUUUAAGUGAAGCAAGCAAGAAAGCGAGUUAAAAACGAGUUAAUUAACCAGCAAAAAAAGCGCAUCAUUGCUGCCAUAAAUAUGUUUAUAAAUUAUGUAUAAAGAAAUAUUGCUUUCUAUAUAUAUAUUUUGUAAUUUAAAUAAUUUGUAUAUUAAUUUCUAUUCCCCGUUGUCAAUUAGUAGACAAUGUUCGUUAUUUGUGUAGGUACAAUGCAUGUGUGUACAUAAUAAAUUAAUAUAUAAAAAAACAUUUUUUUUUUUAAUUUGAAUUCUUUUGAUUUUUCCCAAAAGUAUGUCAAAGAGAUGAGGAAUUUAUAAAGAUGCUCUGGUUACCAAAUUUGAAACAUGGAAUGUUUUCAAAAAUUUCCAUAAAGUUAUUUUUUGCUCGAACGGUAUGCCGAAAUAAAUAUAUUUAAAUACAUCAUACUCUAUUAAAUGUUAUUAUACAAUUUGUUAAAGAAAUCAUAUUUAUAAUAAUGUAAUCGUUAUCAACUGUUGAAUUUCAAAGCAAAACAUAUUAUAAAUACAAAACAUAUUAUAAAAAACACAUAAUAUCAUUUCAAAUAUCAACAAUUUUACCUAAAUUAGAAAUUAAAUUUUUGAAAAAAAUAAACAAACUUUAAUAUUCUUAUUUUGGGAUAUACACCAUUUUCGUUGUGUCGGAUCUUCAGUCUGCUGCAAGAAUAAAUAAUUGGGAUAUUAAACAGAAUUUAUUUGCUUUGUAAAAGUUUCCGCACGAGCGAACGAUCAUCUCUUGUAUAAAUGGAAAAUUUUCCGAUUGGAAAAACGAAUGUGUUUACUGAAUAUGACAUAUAUUUACAAAGAAA